GGAGACCGACAAAAUUUUACGAGGCAUUGAAUUAUCUGUUUUGCAAAGUAUCGCCACUGGCGCUAGUGUCGACCCUUUCCAAUCGUGUUAACUUUCGAUUGUGAGUGACUAUGGCAGACGUUGAGAAGACAGCGAAGCCCAAAGCCGCCAAGGCUCCGGCCGCCGCGAAGCCUGAGAAGAAGGAGAAGGCACACACUGCCCGGCCUCGUCGCCCGGCUCGCCUCUACGCCAAGGCUGUCUUCACCGGCUACAAGCGUGGUCUCAGGAAUCAGCACGAGAAUCAGGUCAUCCUGAAGAUUGAAGGCUGCCGGCGGAAGGAGGACGGUCGCUUCUACAUCGGGAAGCGCUGCGUGUAUGUGUACAAGGCCAAGACGCGCAAGAGUCUGCCGCAAAGGCCCAAGGAGAAGACCAAGAUGCGCGCCGUUUGGGGCAAAGUGACACGAUUGCACGGCAACACGGGAUGCGUGCGUGCCAAGUUCCGCCGAAACCUUCCCGGACACGCGAUGGGACACCGCAUCCGCAUUAUGCUGUACCCAUCCACAAUUUAAGUUGCUAAAACUUACAGAAUAAAUUUUCAUGAAUGAAACCUGGAA